CGAGUAUUAUAAAUAUUAUAAGUAUAGUGAUUUUUGACUAACUUGUUGUAACUUUUUUAUAUCCCCUUAUCGUUGAAACAUAAGUUAUUGAUAUGAAUGCAAUUAAGUGUGUACUGGUUGGUAACGGAACUGUGGGUAAAACAAGUCUAUUAGAGUGUUAUACGACGGACAAACUCCUCGACGACCUCUGUUGGAGGGCCUAUAUUUGUGAACACUAUUCCGCUAAUGUGAUGGUCGACGGAGAGUCCGUUAAUCUAGAUCUCUGGGAUACGGCCGGUCAGGAGGACUACGACCGACUGCGACCCCUAUCCUACCCAAAAACCGACGUCUUUCUCAUAUGC